AAGCCCUCCUGAUGAUGUUUUUGAGUUUCGUGGCAAAAACAUUCCUCCCAAUGUUUUUUGAUGCUGUUUCUUUCCAAAAAGAGGCUUCUCCAGGUGUCCUCUUGGGACUUUGUAAGAAAAGAGAAUCAAAGCUCCCAUGGGUGGGAGAUCUGGCCUGUCUUGCAGGAUUGGCCCAGCGCAGAGGUGCUAAAGGACUUUUUCUGCCCAUUCUGCCACCCUCACUCUUGCCUGGCCUCAUCAAACAUUCAGGUUGCCAGGAGGCCAUUAUAAUACUGUAGGUGAUCUAAAGCCCACCACCCCGGCAAUGCUCACACAAGAACCUUGUAAGGUAGGCCAGGUUUAGAACCAGUGUUAUGGGCAAGGCCAGAGGACAGAGUUGAAGGAGCUAUGGAGCUAACACUGUGCUUUGUCCAGGAGCUGCCUGCCUUCCAGGGAUUUUUUCCAGCUGCACAAAAGCCCCCCAGGAGGCAGCUUAGGAAGCGUUGGAAAGAGGGUGUGGCACUGGGGAAAUUCAUGAGGGCCAGAGAGAGAGAGAGAGAAAGGACCUGAGGGCCAAUUUAGCCCCUGGGUCUGAGAUUCCCCACUCUGCAGUUUGGGUGCUGGGCUUACACCAGGGAGACCCAGUCUCUCAUCCCCAUGCUCAGGAGGGAUGCCCUGUGGCCAAUUUGGACCCCCUGGUUAUUUCUCCCCCUGUCCUUCCUCACAGUGUAGGGAAGAUAAAAGGGUACACACACACAGGUUCCUAAGAGGAAGGACUAGGGGGCCAUAAGCCACUGAACUUCAUAUCUCUGUCCCCUAAACUACAAUCCAUGUUAGCACAUAGAGUGCUCUAAAUAUUUCCAUCUGCUCCGCUUGGAUGGAGCUUCUGCAACCUGGUGUCCUCCAGAUGUUGCUUUUCUUCCAAUGGCAUAUUCUGCCCAUAAUUUAGAAGUUUCCCUUAUUUUCUUUACUCUAAAUGUAUCAAAAGGUCAGAAACUGGUUUCCUGGAUGGCUGUUCGGGGGAAAGAAAAAGGAGGUCUGCAGAGGUACUGACCGUAAUGCUUUCUGCGAAGCUUCAUUAAGAGUUUGGGAUUUGAUCCUAGAACUUUAGUAUAUUCCUUUAGAAUAUACUGACACACACACACACAGUUGCAUACGCAAAUACUUACUCCAAGAUUCAAUGCUUUCUGUUUCUGUUGUGAAAAUCUCAAGUAUUCCAGAGCUUUCCAGUUUUGAGCAAUGAGUUUCUGAGCAAUGAGUUUAAAACACAGAUGAGUUCCUGAUAUCUCCAAUCAGCAAUUUAAUCAAUGAAAAUGGUUAACAAUCCCAAAUUUGGGGUACAUGGUGCAUUUUUUCCCACUUACUAUUUCAUAUAUUUUUCAUAAUAUGUGUUUGGAUUUUGCAUUUGUAAUUAGAAUUUAUGAGUAUUAAUUUAUUAGUAUUGGUAUUUGUAAUUUGUAAAAGGUAUGCUAUCUGAUUAAAUGCCUCCCAUCCUAAAUAAAUCCGCCUUUCUAUUAACCGCUCUCAGACCUCUUGGUAUAGGGUGGCAUAUAAAUCCAAUCUAUUGCUAUCUUUAUCAUUAUCAUUUAUCCAUUGUUUUCCUUAAAGAGCUGUUCCCUGCUUUGAAGUGCAUCGUGGCAACAGCUAAGAGAGUCCCAGAAGUGGCCCAGUUUACGCCUCCUCCUCCUCUGUCCUUUCCACUGGCAACACAAUGGCCUCCGAGACACCCUCUGAAUGGUCUCUCCUUAAAGAUGGUGUGGAAAGAGGAGCCAGGCAGCUUCCUCAGGCCCUCUUGACCUUUGAAGAGGUGGCUGUGUUUUUUACGGAGGAGGAGUGGACUCUGUUAGAUCCAGGCCAAAGAGCUCUGCACAAGGAAGUCAUGGAGGAGAAUUAUGAGAUGGUUGCCUCUUUAGGUGAUGGAGAAGGCAAUCAGAAUAUUGAAGGGCCAUCUGCAAAGUACUUCCGUGUGAGUGAACACCUUAGAACACGUCUACAAACUAACACAGGAGAGAAACCCUUUAAAUGCAUGGAGUGCGGAAAGAGCUUCAGUAAAAAUGGAAACCUUGCUGUACAUAAACAAAUUCACACAGGGAACAAACCAUUUAGAUGUAUGGAGUGUGGAAAGAGCUUCAGACAAUGUUCACACCUUACUAUACAUCUACGAACUCACACAGGGGAGAAACCUUUUAAAUGUAUGGAGUGCGGAAAGAGCUUCAGUGAGAGUGGAAAACUUACUAUACACCAACGAAUUCACACAGGGGAGAAACCCUUUAAAUGUAUGGAUUGUGGAAAGACCUUCACCGAGAGUGGAGGGCUUAGAAAUCAUCAACGGACUCACACAGGGGAGAAACCAUAUAAAUGUUUGGAGUGUGGAAAGAGCUUCAUUCGUAGUGGGAAACUCACUCUACACCAACAAAGUCACACCGGGGAGAAACCAUUUAAAUGUAUUUGUGGGAAGGGUUUCUGUCAUAGUGGAGCUCUGGCAACGCAUCAACGAACUCAUACAGGGGAGAAACCAUUUAAAUGUAUUGAGUGUGGAAAGAACUUCAGUGAAGCUUCAAAACUGACCAUACAUCUACGAACUCACACAGGGGAGAAACCCUUUAAAUGUUUAGAGUGUGGACAGAGUUUCAGUCACAAUGGAACACUUACUAGACACCAACGAACUCACACAGGUGAGAAACCAUAUAAAUGUACUGUUUGUGGAAAGUGCUUCACUUCCAGUGGAAGCCUUACUCUGCAUCAACGAACUCAUACAGGGGAGAAACCAUAUAAAUGUUUGGAGUGUGGAAAGAGCUUCAUUUGUAGUGGGAGACUCACUGUGCACCAACAAAGUCACACUGGGAAGAAACCAUUUAAAUGUAUUUGUGGGAAGGGUUUCAGUCAGAGUGGAUCUCUUGCAACACAUCAACGAACUCAUACAGGAGAGAAACCAUUUAAAUGUAUGGAUUGUGGGAAGGGUUUCAGUGAUAGUAGAACUCUUAGAAGACACCAAAGAUCUCACACUGGAGAAACCCUUUAAAUGUAUGUAGUGCGGAAAGAGCUUCAGUCAAAAUGGAAGACUUACCAUACACCAACGAAUUCACACAGGGAAAACCAUUUAGAUCAGGCAUGUCAAACAUGCGGCCCUCCAGAUGUUUUGGACUACAAUUCCCAUCAUCCCUGACCACUGGUCCUGCUAGCUAGGGAUCAUGGGAGUUG